UCCGCAUGGUAUACCAGGAUUCGGCGUGGACAAGGCCGCAUUUUCAGAAACCUAGGACCUGGAGAGGGCUGUCGGUCUUCCGGCAAGAGGAAUCUCGCCCUUUCUUCUUGCCCUUUUGAGCUUUGGCCUUUGCCGGAGGCGUUUCGAUCGCCGCGGAUGGAGGCAAACAGCUGGAGGCUCGCCCAGGGGGAGGCUUCUGCUGCCGACGCCGCGUCCGGCGACUGGCGGACCCUGCUGCCGCACGAAUUGCGGCAGUGGAUUGUCGAUGAUCUUAUAAUGGGCACGUUAAAGAGAAGCUUUCCUAUCGCUGUGCCUGGGGCCUUAAAUGAACUUCAAAAAAUUGCUGAACGAUUUGAAGAGAAGAUUUAUACUGCAGCUACAAGCGAGACUGAUUAUCUGAGGAUAAUUUCUCUGAAAAUGCUUACAAUGGAGAGAAAGCCUCAGCAUACUCCUCCAAUUAAUCCUUCAAUGCCGAACCCUGCAGUUCCAAACCAAAAUCCUACAGAGCCAGCAAGGCAACAACUUCUACCCCAGAACUUUCAAAACAACACGCCAGCUGCUGGCCAAAGUUCUGCCAACCUGCCUUCUGCACUAUCAUCUAUCACAGGUCUUGGUCAGUCCAACAUAUCACAGAACAUGCCUGGCAUAUCACAACCACAGGAUCAGCAACAAUUCCAAGUUUCUCAGCUGCAGCAGCCUGGCAAUCACCCAAAUCAGGUGCAAUAAAUGAACUUACAAGGUUCAGCAACUUCCAUGCAACAGCUGAGAAUUCGUGCAAUACAUGAGGAGCAGACUGGUGUCUCAUGGGUUUAAGCCAUUUGGGUUACAGUCAGCUUCAUAGUGCUCUAGUUCUUAAAUUCGGCAAUUUAAGUCUACGUAUGAUUGAGAAUGUGGGUAUUUGUAUGUGUAGCUUCAUAAUCCUCCAUGUAGUUCUUAAAUUCGGAAAUUUAAGUCUAUGUAUGAUUGAGAAUGUGGGUAUUUGUGUGUAGCUUCAUAAUAUGCCAUGUAGUUCUUAAGUGUGUGUGUGUUAUGAUUUAAAAAUUUAUGUGUGCAUGUGUGUUGGAAAUAGAACAAAAAAUAGAGCAAUGUUGGAUAGUACUUUUCGUAUCAGAGUUAGUAUGGUUACAGUCAAAUUCAUAAUA